GGGAAAUCAUUCUGACAUCGUCAGCGAUUCAAGCAACACACACACAAGUCAUCCAAAACAAAAAUUCAUAUUCCCAAAAAUGUGCCAACAAGUAGUCGUCGUUGCCAACAACAACACCAACAACAAGAUGAAGACCAACUACAGCAUCAAGCAGGUCCUCAAGACCCUCUUCAAGAAGCAGCAGAAGCAGCUCCACCAGAAGCCCCAGGGCUCUCUGGAGUCUCUGGAAUCCGUUGACAAUCUUCGCAACGCCCAAGUCGAGGAGGCCUACUACGCCGAGAUCGACGAGAACGCCGCCAAUGAGAAGCUGGCUCAGAUGGAGCACUCCAUCGAGGAGGAGGAGGAGGACGUCUAUGUCCCAGUUCGCUUCGCUCGCACCGAGGCCGGCACCUUCUUCUGGACCACCAACCUGCAGCCAGUUGCCAGCGUCGAGCCUGCCAUGUGCUACUCCAUGCAGUUCCAGGAUCGUUGGAUUCAGGCUUAAACAACAUCGCCUUCAGCCUUCAUCCCAUCCAUCUUCAAGCUUUAAAAACAUUGUGAUAGUAGCACUAGCAGCGGCUUUAACUCCUCAUCGAGCGAAUCUCAUCUCGGCGAUCCAGAGCUUCCAUUAGUUAUUAAGAUAUUGUGAUAGACAAAGAAAGAGAGCUUUAAACAAAAAAUCGUACAAAAUACAAAACAAGAAAUAUCAAAAUCAAA